AUGGAAGAUGACGAGUUACAUAAGGAUUAUACGAAUAAAUAUCAGCUACAACAUCUCGAAAACAAUAUUGUCGACAAUGAAAAGAAUGAUCAUAGUGAAGAUAUAAGGAAAAAUCGGUUGGGCUUGCACGCCAUUGGCGAUACGCCUAAUCCAUACAAGAAAGCAAUCUCAAUCAUUAGAAAGGCUCUGGCUCCUUUUGAUGAAGACAACUUGAUCCCUUACUUUGGAUUUGGCAACGUCGCCACUACUCAUGAUCAAGAAGUUUUUAGCUUUCACGGUGAUCAUUCAUCUCGUCAUGGUUUUGAAGAAGUUUUGUCCUGCUACAAAAGUAUAGUCCCAAACUUGAGACUUGCAGGGCUGACGUUGUAUGCACCGAUAGUUGAGGCUGCCAUUGACAUUGUGGAGAAUAGUGGAGGCCAGUACCAUGUCUUAGUCAUCGAUGCGGACGGCCAGGAAAUGAACUUCGAAUCUGGUGUGGAGAAUCGAUUGCAGCAAUCGUCUGAUGUAGGAGAGUGUGAGGAUGAAUUUGGGGUUAAAGAGACAAAGUGUGUGUAA